UCUUUCGUCUUUCGUCAAAACAAAAACACUGACUCUUCGAAAUCCGGCGGAGAAUCGAAAUCUUCGCCGGCAAGCUUAUCGUCGCCCACCUUUACUCUCCCUUGACUCUUCGGUGAACUCAAUCGUCUCUAACGGCGCAUUUAAUUUAGCACCUUCGCCUAUCCUUUAUAAAAAAAAUGCUUGCUUUACAGCGAAUAACUCGAUUCGACCAUUGUCGCUUAUCAACUGCUGCCCUUAUCUCUCGCCAAAUUUCUCUUCCAUAUUGUUUUAUGAAGAAGAUGAAUGCUUCCCAGAAACACAUUUCCAGCAAUUCUGUAUAUUCGUCGAAACAACAUAUUACUGCUCAAAAGCCCUUUGGCAAUGAAUCUUCUGCUGAAGAAACAAGCCAAUCUUCUUUGGGGGGAAAUAUAAAUCAGAAGCAAUUUCAAUCAAGCUAUGAGAAAAACUUUCCUUCAUUGUCUGUGAAUGUUGGUUCUAGUUCUAAAGGUAAGAACUUUGAAAAUUGGAGAAAAAGGACUGGUUCAGCAUUCGAGCUGAUGCAAGAAGCUAUUAAUUCUUCUGAACUCGAAGGGAUUGCAAUCCUACAGGAAGACGGCGGAACCUGGAUUGAUUUGGGAUUGCGGCCGAGGCCUCGUCCUGCUAAUUCAUCUGAACAUGAGGGAAUUGUGAGCUUGCAGGAAUCUGAAUAUGAGGGAGUUGUGAAGGUUGCAAGCGUGCAGGAAGAAAAUUAUUUUCCUAGCCAUUUUGGAAAGAAGAAGGUUUAUCGUAAAUACUUCGAAAAAUCCAAUAAUGUUGUUGGUACUAAGAGCUCUGAUUGUUCCGAGGGUUUGCCUAAGCCUGAAAGGUUCAAUAUAUGCUUACCUCGAUUUAGAGAUAUCAAAGCACAAGAAAUCCUAAGGCCUGGAAUGGUUUUGCUGAAACAUUAUAUAUCCCUUCGUGAUCAGAUCAAUAUAGUCAAAACGUGCAAUUCACUUGGUGAAGGCCCUGGGGGAUUUUAUAGGCCAGGCUACAAAGAUGGAGCAAAACUUAGACUUCACAUGAUGUGUCUUGGUUUGAAUUGGGAUCCUCAGACAAGAAAAUACGAUAAGCGACAUCCAGUUGAUAAUUGUGAGCCACCCGAGAUUCCGCUGGGAUUUCGUCUCCUGGUUCAAAGUGCAAUCAAAGAUGCUCAUUGCCUGAUCAAGAAGGAUUCUGAUAUGGUCAAUCCAGAAGAUAUACUUCCUUCAAUGACUCCAAACAUAUGCAUCAUAAAUUUCUAUUCAAUUCAUGGUCGACUCGGCCUCCAUCAGGAUCGAGACGAAAGCAGAGAUAGUCUCUAUAAAGGAUUACCUGUUGUCUCUUUCUCCAUCGGUGAUUCUGCCGAAUUCCUAUAUGGUGAUGGGAGGGAAAUUGACCAAGCCAAGAAAGUGUUAUUAGAAUCGGGGGACGUACUAUUAUUCGGCGGUGAAUCCCGAAUGGUGUUUCAUGGGGUUCCAUCCAUCGUCCCAUCCUCCGCUCCUGAGCCUCUUAAAACCAAAACCGGGCUUCGACACGGUCGUCUUAAUCUGACCUUCAGACAAAUUUGAAAACCUUGAA